UUCCAUUGCAGCGACUAGGGCUUCUCCGAUUAGGGUUUCUAACUUCUCUGCUCCCAGCCGAAGCUCCCGAUCGCAAAAAUGCCGUCGCACAAGACCUUCAUGAUCAAGAAGAAGCUAGCGAAGAAGAUGAGGCAGAACAGGCCGAUCCCUCACUGGAUCCGCAUGAGGACUGACAACACCAUCAGGUACAACGCGAAGCGCAGGCAUUGGCGUCGUACCAAGCUUGGGUUCUGAGGUGCUAUUGGAAUCUUCUUUUUUAAUAUUUAAAGCUUGUUUUGAUGAUGGGAUUUAGAGAUUUUAUUUAGUUGUUGCUUAAAGACAAGUGAUACGAGCUUUAUGUUUUGUAUUUUGGGAUUUUAUUUGUAAGGAACUCAUUAAGAGUCCUUAAUCAGAGAUUUUGUUGAUGGUUUUUAAGCUUUUUGAUUAAUUUUGAAUUAUGGUUUUCGUUCA